UGACGUUGUCCCUUAGGUUUCGGGGAACCAUUCAUUUUUUCCACACCAGCCAUAUAUUUUCACGCUUAGAUUUAGUCACACUUAACCUUGUUCCAAAUUCUGGUUAUGACAGAAAAUCAGAGGGAAGGCGGAGCAAUGGAGGUUAGUAGUAACAGGCACAAAAGUGCUGUUUCUCGGCUUUCGUGGGGCUCCCUCAGUGAAGUCACAGUAGUUUCUCAAACCUCUUCUCUUUCUCUCAAGGGCGAGGAGGAGGAGCAGUUCAAGUCCGCGGCUCUUCACAAGUUUCCACAAUACAGUGCCUCUCUUGCUCUCCCUAAAGUAAAUGUUAGGGACUAUGAACGUUUGCUCCAUGGAAUGCGAAACAGAAUUGAUAGAGUGGGGAUAGAAUUGCCCAGAAUUGAGGUCCGUUUCGAGGAUUUGAAAGUGGAAACAGACAUCCACGUUGGGAGCAGAGCUCUGCCAACUAUUCCCAACUCUCUGCUAAACAUGGCCGAGAUGGUUUUAGGGAGCCUUCCCAUUUUGGGCAACAGCAAACGGCGCUUGAAGAUCCUGGAUAAUAUUAGCGGCAUUAUCAAACCCCGCAGAAUGACUUUGCUCCUUGGACCACCAGGCUCGGGGAAGACAACUUUACUCUUGGCUCUGGCUAAUAGGCUUACUACAGAUCUGAACGUGUCUGGAAGUGUGACAUAUAAUGGACAAAAAGUGGAUGAUUUGGUGGCUCAGAGAGUAUCAGCUUACGUUGGUCAACAUGACAUUAAUUUUGGAGAAAUGACUGUGAGAGAAACCUUUGACUUCGCUCUGAGAUGCCAAGGUUUUGGUAGCCAAAACGAGAUGCUUGUGGAAUUGGCGAGGAGAGAAAAAGAAGCUGGUAUUAUACCUGAUCAAGAUGUCGACACAUUUAUGAAGGCUCUCUUUCACGACUCCGCCUUCAAAGUCGAAUACGUACUCAAGAGUCUGGGUCUGGACGUUUGCUCAGACGUGAUGGUGGGUGAUGAAAUGCGAAGAGGAAUUUCAGGAGGCCAAAAGAAGCGAGUGACUACAGGAGAGAUUCUUACGGGUCCAGCAAUGGUUCUCUUGAUGGACGAGAUAACUACGGGACUAGACAGUUCCACAGCGUCACAAGUUGUGAAGCACAUACGCCAAUUAGUGCAGACAUUGGAUGCGACUGCUGUGCUAUCUCUAUUGCAGCCAACUCCAGAAACAUUUGAAUUGUUCGAUGACAUUAUUCUGCUUUCUGAAGGUCACAUUGUGUAUCAAGGUCCUCUGAAUCAUGGAUUAGAAUUCUUCUCAUCCAUGGGUUUCUGCUGCCCAGAGAGAAAAGCGGUAGCCGAUUUCUUUCAGGAAGUGAUAUCAAAAAAGGAUCAGCAGCAGUAUUGGGCAGAUGAAGGCCAAUAUAGAUAUGUUUCUGUUAAGGAAUUUGCCAAAGCAUUCCACUCAUUUCAUGUCGGCAGAAAACUGCAAACGGAGUUGAGAGUUUCAUAUGAUAAAAGCAAGAGUCAUCCCGCCUGUGUUACAGCAAAGUAUGGUGCUAGCAAUAAAGAAUUAUUCAAUGCCUGUUUUUCAAGGGAAUAUCUACUUUUCAAGAGAAAUGCACUCAUUCAUAUCUUCAAAACUAUACAGCUUUGCCUUCUGGCAAUUAUCACCAUGACAACGUUCUUCCGGACACGGAUGCACCAUCAAACAAUUACUGAUGCAGGAGCUUACCUUGGUGCACUUUACUUCAGUCUUAUGGCCAGCUUGUUUAAUGGGUUUGCAGAACUUGCAAUCACAAUAGGGAGGCUUCCAGUUUUAUACAAACAGAGAGAUCUGAAGUUCUAUCCGACUUGGAUGUACUCAUUCUGCAGUUGGGUGCUGAGCAUUCCCAUGUCCUUGGUAGAGGCCGCCAUUUGGGUAUUCACGACCUACUAUGUGAUCGGUUUUGAUCCUCAAGUUACAAGGUUAUUUCGCCAAUUCCUACUUUAUUUUCUCGUAAACCAGUUUGCUUUGUCACUGUUUCGCCUAGUUGCUUCUGUGGGUCAAACAAUGGUGGUUUCCUUUACUUAUGGCUCGUUUUCCAUGGUGGUCAUCUUGGUCCUAGGUGGUUUUAUCUUAUCCAGAGAUGAUAUUAAGAGCUGGUGGAUCUGGGGUUACUGGACUUCUCCACUAUCAUAUGCCCAGAAUGCUAUUGCUGUGAAUGAAUUUUUGGGAAAGAGAUGGGGAGAGCCUGUAGGGCAUGGCUUAAACCGGACUUUAGGGGAACUUUUAUUGACAUCCCGUGGGAUGUUUCCACAUGAUUGGUGGUACUGGAUUGGUACCGGAGCUGUAUUGGGAUAUUCUAUCUUAUUCAAUGUCUUGUAUACUGUGGCUUUAGCCCUCCUCAAACCUCAUGGAAAACCUCAGUCUGUGGUAUCUGAAGAAGCCUUGCAUGAGAUGUAUGGAAACACAAAAGGAGAAAAUUCUCAUGUUCCUGAAGCAAUUGUUGGAAAUGAUUUAUCAACUUUUAAUGGACCUAUGAUGAGCCCUGCUAACUUACCAAAAGAAAAACAGGGCAUGGUACUUCCAUUUAAGCCUUUAUCUCUCUGCUUCAAACAGAUCAACUAUUACGUUGACAUGCCUCAGGAAAUGAAACAACAGGGUGUUGUAGCAGAUCAGCUGAGACUAUUACAUGAUGUGAGUGGAGCAUUCCGGCCAGGCAUUCUUACGGCUUUGGUUGGAGUUAGUGGUGCUGGCAAAACAACCUUGAUGGAUGUAUUAGCUGGAAGAAAAACUGGUGGUUACAUCGAGGGCAGCAUUAAUAUAUCUGGUUAUCCCAAGAAGCAAGAACAAUUUGCUCGGGUCUCAGGAUACUGUGAACAAAAUGACAUUCAUUCGCCACAUGUAACUGUUUAUGAAUCUCUUAUUUACUCUGCUUGGCUUCGUUUACCAACUGAAAUAGAUGAAGAAACAAGAAAGAUGUUUGUGGAGGAGGUAAUGAAACUUGUGGAGCUGUCCCCUUUGAGAAACGCUCUUGUUGGCCUCCCAGGAGUGACUGGUUUGUCUAUAGAGCAGCGCAAAAGAUUGACCAUUGCUGUGGAGCUUGUUGCAAAUCCAUCAAUUGUGUUCAUGGAUGAACCGACUUCAGGAUUGGAUGCACGUUCUGCAGCCAUUGUUAUGCGAACAGUGAGAAAUAUUGUUGAUACAGGACGCACAAUUGUCUGUACCAUCCAUCAGCCAAGCAUGGAUAUCUUCGAAGCCUUUGACGAGCUUCUCUUCAUGAAACGAGGAGGCCGAGUCAUAUAUGCAGGACCAUUAGGUUCGCGUUCUAGCAAACUCCUGGAGUAUUUUCAGUCUGUUGACGGGGUUAGAAAGAUUGAGAAAGGGGUUAAUCCUGCAACGUGGAUGUUGGAGGUAACCUCCACAGCAGAGGAAAACCGACUUGGGAUCGACUUUGGUGAGAUCCAUCAAAAAUCACGACUGUUUCAAGAAAACAUGGCCGUCAUAGAAAGCUUGAGCACUCCCCUUAAGGAUACAGAGGAUCUUCAUUUCCCUACACGGUACUCCCAGUCUUUCCAUAAGCAAUUCAUAGCCUGCCUGUGGAAGCAGCAUUGGUCUUACUGGCGGAAUCCUCAAUACACAGCAGUGCGCUUUUUCUUCACACUUUCGAUGUCCUUGAUAUUUGGUUCCAUUUGCUGGGAUCUCGGCUCAAAGAGAAGCACGCAACAGGAUUUGCUGAACGCUCUCGGUUCCAUGUUUGCAUCUGUCCUGUUUAUUGGAGUAACAAAUGAAAUGUCUGUGCAACCUGUGGUUUGGCUUGAAAGGACGGUCUUCUACCGUGAAAGGGCAGCUGGAAUGUAUUCGGCACUACCCUAUGCCCUGGCUCAGGUAACAAUUGAGUUUCCACAUGUGUUUAUUCAAGCAUUCGCCUACAGCACUGUGGUGUAUUUCACGAUGGGCUUUGACUGGAAUGUAGGGAAAUUUCUGUGGCAAUUCUUCUUCUUCUAUUUUGGCUUCCUCUCCUACACGCUCCUGGGAAUGACGAGCGUAGCAAUUACUUCCGACCAUAAUAUGGCUUUAGUUGUUUCAGUGCCUAUCCUUAUGUUGUGGAUCCUCUUCUCAGGCGUCAUGAUUUCUCGCCCGAGGUGUCCUCCAUGGUGGAAAUGGUAUUUCAGCGCAAAUCCAAUGGCAUGGUGCCUCUAUGGCCUCAUUUCUUCGCAGUACGGAGAUAUUGGGACAAGUCUAAAGAUGCCAGACGGGACAGAUUUGCCUGUUAAACAUUUCGUGGAAGAGUAUUUUGGCUAUUAUCGACAUCAUUUGGGCAGUGCAGGGCUUGUGAUGGCAGGAUUUGCUGUUAUGUUUUGCUUCGUUUUUGGCUUGGGAAUCAAGUUUCUCAACUUUCAAAAGCGUUAGAUCAAGUAUAGCAAAAUCGUCAUCUGUAUCCAAAAUUUGUGAAUUCCAAACAGGCUGCUUUCAAUUCAAGAUUACUUUUACGAUCGAGGCCUAAAUUUGUUGGCCCUACUUCAAGGGCUGUUUUACCAAAAUACGAUUUGACUGUGCCAUGUGUAAGGGGAAAUUUUGGACAGACGAUUAAAAAAUCAUAUACCUAGCAUUGUAAUUAUUCAUGUUAAGUUAUUUGUGGGACAUUUUAAAAAUAAAAUAUAAUUUUAACGGUUGAA